AUGUUUAAAAAAGUUGCCAAAACUGGAAUUGGAUUGGUCUCCGAAGUUUUUUCCGAACUGGUAAAUCCGGAGUUGAAUGUUAGGUUGGUGGAUAUGCAAUAUGGACCUGGAACCGUCCUGGGACAGCUCAUGAUAACCGCAUGGGUGGAGGCAAUCCUCACUGCCUUUCAUCUGCACCUGGCUCAAUUACUGGGACGUUUUGUACUAACCUUCUUGAAAUUCCUGGGUAAGGGUGAACCUGCUCGGAAUCAGUUGUCUCCUUGUCGAUUGUUUACUUUUGGACAGUUUUUUUCGGGACGAACUGGCAUUUUCUGCUAAUU